GUCAGUGAUGCGUGCAGAAGAGAACUGGAAGAAGUAGCAGGUGGUUGAUGAAAAUAAUUACUAACCAAGAAGACCAAGAUGUCGGGACGGGCCAGAGGACGAUCCAGAGGUCGAUCUCGAGGAAGUGGAACUCCUCAAGAAGAACCUUCAAGACGCCCUGGGGAGGAGCAACAGAGAGUCCAACCACCAACGGCUGCUGCACCAGCUCCCACUCCAGGUGGGGCAACCAGUGUAGCAGGUAGUGGUAGGGCAAGUUAUCGUGGGGGAGUAACUGCUCCAAGACCAGGCGCAGGAGAUGCCCCAAGAGCUCCAGUCGAGGAAAUGGCUCAACUAAGAGUGGGAACUGGAGAUGCUCGACAAAUAGGAAAACGAAGGGCUGACUUCCGUUAUACAGAUGUUAACACCCGUCCAGCUCACAUCACUGACAAAAAGGGAAGUUCAGGAACUCCUUUACCUCUAGCAACCAACUUUUUCACUUUUGAUUGUGAUGAGGACUGGUCUCUUUACCAAUACCACGUGGAUUUUAACCCAAUGAUCGACAGUCGCAAGAUGAGGGCAGGUCUGCUGUUCACACAUGCGGAUCUACUUGGACCAACUAGAGUCUUUGAUGGCAUGAUCCUGUAUUUACCUCAUAAGCUACCACAAGAGGUGACCGAGGUUUUCAGUCAGACAAAACGUGACAAUGAAAAUAUUCGUAUUACUAUCAAGCUGACAAACACAUUUCACAGCACCAGUCCUCAAUGCUUACAUUUGUACAAUGUAAUCUUCAAAAGGAUCUUGAACCUAAUCAACAUGCAACAAAUUGGUAGAAACUAUUACAACAUGGACCUUGCUGUUGACAUUACUCAGCACAAACUAAGAGUGGUGCCUGGAUUCAUUACCUCAAUAUUGCAAUAUGAAAACAAGGCCAUGUUGUGUGCAGACAUCUCCCACAAAAUUAUGCGAAUGGAUACAGUAUUGGAUAUGAUGUACGACAUGUACCAUUCUAAUGACAGAAGUGGAGAGUCAUUUGUUGACAGAUGCACAAAAAAGUUUGUUGGAAGUAUUGUCCUUACACGAUACAACAAUAAAACCCAUCGUGUGGAUGACAUUGAUUGGGAUAUUCACCCAACCAGCACCUUUUCCAGACGAGACGGUGAAAUCUCUUUCAAAGAUUACUACAGAAAGUCAUAUGACAAAGAUAUCCGGGAUGAUCAACAGCCCAUGCUGGUAAGCAGAGCCAAGCCAAGGGAGGUGAAGAUGGGACGCCCUGAAAAAAUACUACUUGUUCCAGAACUGUGCAUACUGACAGGACUGUCUGAUGAUGUCAGAAGUGAUUUUUCUGUAAUGAGAGAUGUUGCCUCCCAUACAAGAAUUGCUCCAGAGGGAAGAUGCAACACACUGUCUGGAUUCAUGAACCAAAUCAACACAACCCCUGCUGUUGUACAAGAGCUCAGGGGAUGGAGACUUCGGUUCUCACAGAACUUGCUGCAGCUUGCAGGACGUGUCCUACCAAAGGAAGCCAUCUAUCUCUCCAAUGCGCAGUGCACCUACAAGCAAGAGGAUGCUGAUUGGAGCAGGGAUCUUCGAGGCAAACAGCUAGUGACAAGUGUACCAUUGAGCAAUUGGGUCAUUUGUUAUACCAAGCGUGAUUCAGCCAAUGCUUCAGAUCUAGUGAAUACUCUCAGCAAGGUGGGACCUCCAAUGGGCAUGGCAAUCAACCGCCCCAAACAGUGCGAGCUACCUGAUGACCGAUCCUCUACCUAUUUGGAUAAUCUCAAAAGGGCUGUCACCAGGGAUACACAGCUGGUAAUGUGUAUCCUUCCAUCAAACAGAAAAGAUCGCUAUGAUGCCAUCAAGAAGGCAUGUUGUGUUGACCACCCAGUACCUAGCCAGUGUGUGGUUGGCCGUACUCUGGUCAAGAAACAAAUGUUGAUGUCUGUGGCGACAAAGAUUGCCAUCCAGCUCAACUGCAAACUCGGAGGAGAGGUUUGGCGUCUUGACAUCCCACUGAAGAAUCUCAUGGUCAUUGGAAUAGACACUUACCACGACUCUGCAAGUAAAGGAAGAUCAGUGGGAGGCGUUGUAUGCAGCAUCAAUAGAACAAUCACAAGAUUCUACUCCAGAUGUACCUUCCAACACACUGCACAGGAGCUCAAUGAUGGUCUCAAAAUCUGUGUGAAAGAUGCAUUGAAGAGAUAUCAUGAGGAGAAUGGCUCGUUGCCCGAGAAAAUUGUCAUCUUCAGGGAUGGUGUUGGUGAUGGGCAGCUCCCUGCUGUACACGAACACGAGGUACCACAAGUUGUGGGAACAAUCAAGGAAUGUGCUGGGGAUGACUACAAUGUGAAGAUAGCCGUUGUAGUAGUUAAAAAGAGGAUCAACAGCCGAUUUUUCGCAAAAGCAGGGAGGACGUUCACCAACCCUGUACCUGGAACAGUUAUAGACACAGAAGUUACCAAACCUGAAUGGUUUGACUUCUUUUUGGUGUCACAGUCAGUGCGUCAAGGAACGGUGACACCCACUCAUUUCAAUGUCAUCUUUGACACCACUGGACUGAAGCCUGAUCACAUGCAAAGGCUUACGUACAAGAUGACACAUCUGUACUACAACUGGCCGGGAACCAUCCGUGUGCCGGCCCCAUGCCAAUAUGCGCACAAGCUGGCCUUCCUGGUGGGCCAGUCCAUUCAUAAAGAACCUUCAUUUGACCUUGCUGACCGCCUGUACUUCUUGUAGAAGUUGACCUGGGUUGUCGUGACCAAAUGAUGCAAUACUUCCAGAAUAGUGUUUCCUGUUUAAUAGAGGAAUGUUUGUGAGCCAAAAAAGAUAGUGACAAUGAUUUGGUUCUUUUUUAACCACCGUUUGACUAAGAAAUUACUUGUUGCAGAAACAAGUC